AUGAAACUCCUCGCCCUUUCCGCUCUUUUCAUUGUCGCCUUCGCUCAUCCGCGUGAGAAGAGACAGCUGUCCAUCAGCUCCAUCUCUGUCUCUGGAGCCGGAGGAUCCACCGGAUGCGUUGUCACUGGAAAUGUUCUCUAUGCCAACGGAAUCCGUCUUCGCAACCUGACCUCUGCUGAACAGACCGAGCUGACCAACUACCAGACUGAGGUCGAGCAGUACAAGACUGUAAGCGAACGUAUUCUGAGGGAUCCGUAAGAUUCCUUUCGUUUUCAGCAACUUCGUGAUCUUCUCAACCAACGUCGCGAUAACCUCCGCAGCCGUCUCAUGCAAGGACAAGGACGUCAACAACAGACCACCCAGCAGAGCAACGACGUGAGCAGCCAGUCCGGAAGCGACGAGACGACCCUUCCGAAGGCCCCGGAGAAGCCGUCGUUCUGCACUGCCGAAGAGACCACUCAAUACUAUUUCGACGGUGUAUGGUGCAGGUACGGUAGCGAUGACCUUCUUAUCGUCUUUGCCAAACUUUGAUUCGAUAAUCCGCUUUUCAGAACAACAAGGUGUACGUUGGCGGACAAUACGCCCGUGACCUCUCUUCUGACGAGCAAGACGAACUGAAGACCUUCGAUGAACAACAGACCGCCUACCAGAACGCCGUCCAGGCUCAGAUGCAGAGCGUAAGUUCUUCUUAUUCUUCUGCAUUCCAUCAUCUUCUAUCAUUGUUUUCUUUCAGCAAGUUCGCGGACUCUUCGGAGGAUCCGACUUCCUCUCCGCCCUGUUCGGAGGAGACGAUUCCAAUGUGCGCAGACAGCCUUCCUCGACCACUCCGGCUUCUUCCACCAGCUCCACGACCCUUCCCCCGAAGCCAACCGUGCCGCAGUUCUGCACGGCCAUCUUCUAA